AUGGCCGCGACCAUGUUGUGUCGAGUUUGUGGUGACCGCAGUUCCGGCAAGCACUACGGAUCGGUUUGCUGCGACGGAUGUUCCUGUUUCUUCAAGCGGAGCAUCCGGAAGAGGGCACUGUACACGUGCAUCUCCGGCCAGGGUGGCUGCUCGGUGGACAAGGCCCGCCGGAACUGGUGCCCGUGCUGUCGGCUGCAAAAGUGCUUCCUGGUGGGGAUGAAUGCGGCCGCGGUUCAGGAUGAACGGGGCCCGCGCAAGACAGACAAUCUCCCGUCGCAGAUCCUGGCCCAGGUGCUGGUGGCUUGCAUCCGGCAGGCCCGGGUCAACGAGAACUUUGCCCAUUUUGGCCGUGAGCAGCAGAACCAAAUUCUGCGCCACGUUUGGGCCGAGUGCUUCAUCCUGCGGGUCGCCAACUGGUCCAUCGACAUCACGUCCAUCGUCGAGAGAUGUGCCGACGAGCAACUGCGAGCCAUCGUUCGGUGGACAAAAGCCCUUCAGGUGGACCUGAUUGAAAUUUCCCUGCUCGAAACGAUGAUUCUGUGCAGGAAAGGUGAGGCCGAGGCCCAGGGGUCAAUUGUCGAGUCGUCGUCGUCGUCGUCGUUUUUGCCGCUCUGCUGCUACCGGUUCGGUCGACUCCUGCUCGGGUUAAGAGGUUUAUCGAUGCACUGCUAUCAGGCCUCGGUACGUGCCAUGUUCCGAGAAGUCACCGGAGACACCGGCAUCAUGGAGCACUUUAUCGCCAAGCUGUAG